AUGCCUCACCCCAACCUGAAAGGCAACCGAGCCCUUGAAAUCCUCGACAAUGCCCUCGCCGGUAAAUAUGGCGUCCCCGGAAUGUGCUGCUACAAUAUCGAAGGCAUUCUAGCCACCGUGCGUGCAGCCGAGGCCAAAAAGUCACCAGCUAUGAUCCUGCUCUUCCCCUGGGCAGUACAAUACGCAGAUGGCCUGCUCGUUCACGCCGCCGCCGAAGCCGCCAAAAAAGCUAAGGUGCCCGUCACAGUGCACAUGGACCAUGCCCAAUCGCCGGAGAUCAUUCGUUAUGCGGCCGACCUCGGUGGCUUCGAUAGUAUCAUGGUUGACAUGAGCCAUUACGAAAAAGAGGAGAAUCUGGCAAAGACGCGCGAGUUGGUCACUUAUUGCCACGAGCGCGGAAUCGCAACUGAGGCAGAACCCGGUCGAAUUGAAGGUGGAGAGGACGGAGUGGCAGACACCGCUGACCUGACUGGUUUAUUAACCACCCCCGAAGAAAGCCAUGAGUUUGUCGCUACUGGUAUUGACUGGCUGGCACCUGCUUUCGGUAACGUUCACGGUUCAUAUGGCCCUCGUGGUGUUCAGUUGGAGUACGACCGCUUGGAGUCCAUCAACCAGGCUGUUGGCGACAAAGUGCGCCUUGUUCUUCAUGGGGCGGACCCUUUCACCACCGAGAUUUUCCAAAAGUGUAUCUCUCAUGGUGUCUCGAAGAUUAAUAUAAACAAGGUUAUGAAUUCCGAGUACCUGCGAGUGCAGGCUGAGAAGGCUGGAAAAGUCCCCCUGACUACUUUACAUGAGGAGGUCACCAAUGCCAUGCAGGCGGCUAUUGAGCGAUGCAUGGACAUGCUGGGAUCAACGGGCAAGGCGGCCUGA